AUGGACCCUUGUGGUUAUUUAACUGUUAACAUUGAACCUCUUCCUCAUGUUGUCAUUGGAGACACAGUUACACUAAAAUGCAACUUCCAAACAGACGGCAACCUCCGAGAGAUUGUGUGGUUUCGGGUGACUGAUGGAGGCAGUGGGAAGCAGAAGAUCUUCACCUAUGAUGCCAUGUACAACACCAGCUAUUCCCACAUGGAGGACAACCGCAGACGAGAGGACCUGGUCUACCAGUCAACUGUACGGCUUCCUGAGGUCCAGAUGGAGGAUGACGGCCUGUAUGAGUGUCAUGUGGGGAUCUAUGACAGGAGCUCCAGAGACAAGGUGAUUCUAGCCUCCGGCAGCAUCACACUCACUGUCAUAGUACCUCCCAAGUCUAUCUCUGUGGUGGCGGCCAACAGUCCGGCUCCUUUCAGCCGCUAUGAGGCUCAGAACUUCACUCUGGUUUGCAUUGUUGCAGGAGCAAAGCCAGCUCCCAUGGUGUACUUCAAACGGGACGGUGAGCUUAUUGAUGUGGUGCCAACAACCCAGUUUUCCUCCUCAGUGGGAGACCAAAGCAAGAGGCCUGGUCAAGGAAAAACCAGAGGCAGGAGCCAGGCCGGGCUCAGGAGCUCCGAGGUUCUCCCCAGUCGAGACCUUGAUGACACCAAGCUCCGGAAGUCCCUGUCUUUGCCGGAGAAAGAGGGAAACCCUGCUCGGCUGGGUCAAGAUGGCCCCGAUAGCUCUGAAGAGGGUCAAGCCCAAGAGUCUGAGUCGAGCCCUGAGCCGACCACCGAGGUGAUCCCUGAGACGGUGGUGAGCCGGGAGUUUCCACGCUGGGUCCAGACCAGCGACCCUCUUUACUACUUCCAGCACCGACAGCGUGCGUCGGGUGACGGCACCAUGGAGGUGAGAGCCAUGCUGACCUGGAGCCUCAACCCCCAGCUGGACAACGAGGCUCUGUUCAGCUGUGAGGUGAACCACCCUGCCCUGUCCAUGCCCAUGCAGGCCGAGGUCACACUGGCUGCUCCCAAAGGACCUAAGCUGACCAUGAGCCCCAGUAAGGCCAAGGUGGGAGACACAGUGCGGAUCACUGUCCAGGGCUUCAAGCUGGGACCUUCUGCAAGCGAGGUUUUCCCAGAGCCCAUGUUCACCUGGACUAAGGUUGGGGGUCCUCUGCUGGAUGGCAGAGAGGAACAUGAUGGGCGAGAACUUGUUUUGGAGAGAGUUCCUGCAGAGCUCAAUGGCUCCAUGUUCCGCUGCACGGCCCAGAAUCCUCUGGGCUCCACCGACACACACACCCGCCUCAUCGUGUUUGACAAUCCAAGACUGAAGAAAGGAAUAGAACGUUUUGUUGCCAUCAAUGCAGCGAUCAGCCAACGUUCCUUCACCUUAACCUCCAUGUUGCUGCUGCUGCUGAGCUUCACCUGUGAGCUGACGUGA